GAGUACGACAGGACAAUGUGGCGCCGGAGGUUCAGUACGAGUAUCGGAAGCAGCGACGUGUUUGGUACUUUGACGAAGAAGAAAUGGGACGCGGUGGUGAUUGGCGGAGGCCACAACGGCUUGACCGCCGCGGCUUACCUGGCUCGCGGCGGUUUCUCCGUCGCCGUUCUCGAGCGCCGACACGUCAUCGGCGGAGCGGCGGUGACGGAGGAGCUCGUUCCUGGCUUCAGGUUUUCUCGCUGCAGCUAUCUCCAGAGUCUUCUCCGCCCAUCCGUCAUCAGAGAGUUAGAGUUAGGCAAACAUGGACUGAAGCUGAGAAAUCCUUCGUCGUUUACGCCUUGUUUGGAUGGACGUUACCUUCUUCUGGGGCCUGAUCAAGAGCUUAAUCACUCUGAGAUUUCAAAGUUCUCGAGACUUGAUGCUGAUGCUUAUCCGAGAUAUGAGAAGCAGCUGGAGAGAUUCUGCAGAUUCAUGGAUCCUCUCUUGGAUGUGCCUCCUCCAGAAUCUUUGCAUGGUGACUCAUCGCUGAAUGAUAGGUUAAGCAACAAAAUGUACAAAUCAGCUUUCUGGGCUCGUUGCCUGCGGCAAGCAGCAUCUUUGGGGCAGAAAGAUAUGGUGGACUUCAUGGAUCUUUUGCUGUCCCCAGCUUCCAAGGUUUUGAACAACUGGUUUGAGUCAGAUGUGCUCAAGGCAACUCUCGCAACUGAUGCUGUGAUUGGAUCUACGGCCAGCGUUCAUACUCCUGGAAGUGGAUAUGUCCUACUGCAUCAUGUGAUGGGAGAAACGGAUGGAGAUCGAGGAAUCUGGUCCUAUGUGGAGGGCGGGAUGGGUUCAGUGUCCAUGGCUAUAGGCAAUGCCGCUAGGGAAGCUGGGGCUGAAAUUUUUACAAAUGCAUCGGUUUCUAAAGUUCUGAUAGAAGAUUCUGGCAAUGUGAAAGGGGUUUUGCUUGCUGAUGGUACACGGGUGGAUGCAUCAGUUGUCUUGUCCAAUGCUACUCCUUAUAGAACUUUCAUGGAGCUGGUUCCUAACAAUGCUCUCCCGAAUGACUUUGUCCGGGCUAUUAAGCAUUCAGAUUACAGCUCAGCAACGACCAAAAUAAACUUGGCAGUUGAUAAAAUUCCGCUGUUUCGGUGCUGCAAUACAGAUCACUCAGGACCAGGUCCAGAGCAUUUUGGCACUAUACACAUCGGGGCAGAGAGUAUGGAAGAAAUUCACUCAGCAUGUCAAGAUGCUGAAAACGGCAUGCCAUCCAGAAGGCCAGUGAUCGAAAUGACAAUUCCAUCUGCGCUGGACACGACCAUUUCUCCCCCAGGAAAGCAUGUCAUUAACUUGUUCAUCCAGUACACUCCCUACAAGCCAUCAGAUGGCAGCUGGGAAGAUCCUACGUAUAGAGAAGCAUUUGCUCAAAGGUGUUUCAAACUGAUCGAUGAGUAUGCACCCGGAUUUAGCACAUCCAUCAUCGGCUACGACAUGCUGACUCCUCCGGACCUCGAAAGGGAAAUUGGUUUGACAGGAGGAAACAUCUUUCACGGUGCCAUGGGAUUGGACAGCCUCUUCCUAAUGCGACCGGUGAAAGGAUGGUCAAAUUACGAGACCCCUCUAAAGGGGUUGUACUUGUGUGGAAGUGGGGCUCAUCCCGGGGGUGGUGUUAUGGGGGCGCCUGGGAGAAACGCUGCACAUGUCGUUCUUCAAGACUUGAAGAAAAUAAUCCCCCAACAGUAAUGCCUCUCUUGCGUAAUGUUAUAUCGACCGUUGUAUUUCUUUGCCCACAUUUACGAGUUGUAACCCUCUGGGUGGUUCAGAUACUCCCCUUUGAGAACCUCUGAACUAUUCAGAAGCUCAACGGCAUCCCUUAAGAAAUUAUCAAACCAAUAAUAAGAUGCCACGUGUUACCCAA